CAAAAUCACAUCGAUCUAACUUUUUUCUUAAAAUUGCUUAUGUGUAAUUGUGGUUGCAAGAAAAUUAGAAGUGAUUGAUGACAAUUAUUUGCAGGGUAUACCCAAUAGACCUAUAUAUCAAGUCUAUAUAUCUCAGGUUUCACCAUCAAGGCAACAAGGUUGAAUAUGGGUUCUCUAUUUUUUAAGAAGAAAACAAAUCAAUGGCUGCCACGCUGACAACACAAUAAGAAAUAUGGACAACCCAGCUGGCCAUUCAUCAAUUGAGGUUGUAUUUUCUCAUGUCCAAUUUGUAAGUAAACUGCACAUGGAAGUUUUUGAACAGAUAAGAGGGAAAUGGGAAAGGAAUCAGGAAGGCUUGUGCUUGGUGCAACUUCAGUACCAUGUGUAAUCGUUGUCACUUUUCUUUGUGCUGCUUUUUUUGUAUCAGAUAUUGAUCCAUUUGAGACAUGGAAACAACGGUCAUCAAAUUGGAGAUCAGUUAGUGCUACUGCUAAUGGACUCAAACAAGAAGAGCCUAUAGAAUUUCUUCUAAGAAGACUAGUGAGAGGUGAAGAUAGAAUCAAGCUUGAAGCAACUGGUUUUUCUUGCCAUUCUGACCAUCACACAGAGUUAUGUGUUGCAAAGAAACCGGUUAGGAUCGACAAUAAUGCAUUAUCAGUUUACAUACCAGGCUCUCAGGCUAAAGUUAAAGGAAUGAUUAAGCCUUAUGCAAGGAGAGAGGAUCAAACUGCCAUGGAAAGAGUCACAACAGUUCACAUACUACCCGGAAACUCUACCAACCUACCACCUUGUAAUUUCACUCACGAUGUCCCUGCAGUGAUCUUCUCCUCCGGCGGCUUCACAGGAAACCUAUUCCAUGAGAUAAAUGAGAUCACCAUCCCUCUCUUCCUGACGUGCCGCCAUUUUCGAUCCAACUUACAAUUUGUCAUCACUGACUAUAAGCCUUGGUGGGUUAGCAAAUACAACAGGAUUCUAUCACAUUUGUCUCGUUAUCAGCCCAUAAAUCCUGCAGCUGAUGGAAGUGUUCACUGCUUUCCAGGAGCUGUUAUCGGGCUUGUGUACCAUGAGAAUCUCGUAAUCAAUUCUACCGAGAUUCCAGGAGGGUACUCCAUGUUUGACUUCAAGCAUUUUCUCAGACAAUCGUAUAAUCUGAAGAUUAAGAACGCUUCUGAGAUAGAAAAGCCAGUGCUGAUACUUAUUUCCCGUCGCAAAUCAAGGAGGUUUCUGAAUGAAAAUGAAAUGGUGACAAUGAUGGAGCAGCUAGGAUUUCGAGUUAUUGUGACCGCGCCUUACAGGAUGUCAAAUUUAAACAGAUUCGCAUCAGUGCUUAAUUCCUGCAGUGUCAUGGUAGGUGCCCAUGGAGCUGGGCUUACGAAUGAGGUAUUCCUACCCGAUGGGGCAGUAAUGGUGCAAGUGGUCCCCCUGGGGUUGGAAUGGGCAUCAGCAAACUACUAUGGUGAUCCGGCAAGCAAGAUGGGUGUAAAAUACUUGGAGUACAAGAUCGAGCCAGAGGAGAGCUCCCUCUUGGACAAAUAUGGUAGAGAUCACCCUGCAAUUGCUGAUCCCAAGUCAAUAUUCUCGCAGGGUUACUCUGCUGCCAGGGCUAUGUAUGUUGAUGGACAGAACCUGAAGAUCAAUGUGACAAGGUUCAGGAAGAUUAUUGUUGAAGCAAUAAAGCUUAUUAGGCAGUCUCCUUUGAAAUGAAGAUAGCUUGUCAGUUGGAACUACAGUAGAUAGAUACUAUAACUAGCAGUUAAAAUGCCAAAAACCAGCAAAUAAAUCUCUUUUCUCUACAUUUUCCCCCUAGAAAGCUGGGUUAUCUUGUUGGUUGUACAAGUAAAUUUCAUUUUCAGUUUGCCAAAUUGGGCACCAAAAAUCUUCUUAAGAAUGGUCAGCACUGAACCAUUACUAA